AUGGUCUGUCUGCCACUAGUCAUCGCCCUUGGGGCGACACUGGUUCAGGCCGUCACGGCUGCCACCACUCUCGACGAUGUGUGCACCCCUGCAUACGUUCGAUCUAAGUUGCCUGCUAAUACUGUGUAUCCUGGAAUCACUAUUAGCCACACAAAUCUCUCAGCCAACCCUGUCUACAACCUCUCUACCAGCGGCUCUGCGGUAUAUCCGGCUACCACAAUCGACUAUUGCAACAUAACCCUGGCCUACUCCCACAAUGGCCGGGAUGACACCGUCCAGGUGCGCUUCUGGAUGCCCUCGCCGGACAAAUUUGCCAAUCGCUAUCUCUCCACCGGCGGAGCAGACUACUAUGUCAACCAAGGCACACAGCAGCUCCCUGGAGGUGUGAUGUACGGAGCUGUUUCCGGUUCAACAGAUGGAGGGUUUGGAGGCUUUGAUGUUGGGGUUGAUGAGAUUCUGCUCCUAGCCAACGGCACGUUAGACUGGCAGAACUUGUAUAUGUUCGGCUAUCAAGCUCAUCACGAGCUCGCUACAAUUGGAAAGCAGUUCACACGCAAUUUCUUCAACAUGACUGACAACGAGGAAGCCCAAAAGCUGUACAUAAUUGGCGCCCCGGCCAUCCGGUACUCCUUUCAAAUGACGAUGCACCUCUGGGCAAAUGUUGUGGAGAAGACGCUUGGGUACUAUCCCUCGCAAUGUGAGGUCGAGGCCAUCGUUAAUGAAACGAUCAGCGCCUGCGAUGGCAUGGACGGGCGUAUGGACGGAGUCGUCUCGCGCUCUGAUCUCUGCAAGAUGCAAUUCAACCUCACUGAAGCUAUUGGCAAGCGGUAUUACUGCGCUGCAGACGGUGACGUCCCAGUGCAAAAUUCGACCAUAUCUGCUCAGGCGGUGGAAGUGUUCGAGACAAUUCUUCAUGGCAUGAAAGACAGUGAUGGCAAGCAGGUUUAUCUAUCCUAUCAGCCUGGGGCACUUUUCUGGGAUGCUCAAACAACGUACAACACAACCUCAGGGAGUUGGGGUUUGGACAUCAACUCCAUGGGCGGAGAAUAUAUCACCAAGUUUCUCCAACGUUUGGAACUUGAUAACCUUCCCACACUCGAUAAUGUCACCUACGACACGUUGAAAGAAUGGGUGGAGCUGGGAUGGCAGAUGUAUGAGGAUUCCCUGCACACCACGUGGCCAGAUCUGACACCCUUCUACGAAGCGGGUGGCAAGGUGCUUCAUUAUCACGGCGAACAGGAUGGUAGCAUCCCGACAGCUUCCUCGGUGCAUUACUACGAUUCUGUACGUAGGACAAUGUAUCCUACUCUCGGGUACAAUGCAAGUUACGAGGCCUUGGGCCAGUGGUACCGUUUGUUCCUCGUUCCAGGAGCCUCACACUGCUUGAACAAUGAUCUACAGCCAAACGGCCCAUUCCCGCAGACUUCCCUCCAAACAUUGAUCGAGUGGGUGGAGCAAGACGUGGUGCCUGUGAGGUUGAAUGGCACCGUCCUGAGUGGCACAUUUGAAGGAGAGACCCAGGAAAUCUGCGCGUGGCCCCUGCGGCCGAUGUGGUACAAUAAUGGGACUAGCAUGGAGUGUGAGUAUGAUCAGCCGUCUCUAAAGACAUGGGAGUGGGAUCUGGAUGCAUUCGAACUCCCUGUAUAUUAG